GGAGCGACAGCGUGUGGAGCUCCAUCACUUCCCAAAAGAUAAAAAGGCAUCAAGUUCUCACAGUGACUGAAAAACUACUUCUAGUCCUGAAGGCAUCAUGGAUACACAGUUCGUGUAUGACCUUUUAGGGGAAAAUGCUUGGUUAUACAUCUCUGCUACCUUCAUUGUGUUGUGGAUUGUCGGGUGGCUCUACAGAGACAGCCUGGAGAUUGAGGAUUUCAAAUCUAAGUAUGUCUUUGUUACUGGCUGUGACACGGGGUUUGGAAACCUGCUGUGUAAGAAACUGGAUCGUAAAGGUUUCCGUGUACUAGCUGGCUGUCUCACAGAAAAGGGAGCUGAUGAUCUGAAAAGAGUGGCAGGGCCUUAUCUGAAGACUGUCCUGCUGGAUGUGACCAGUCAGGAUAGCAUUGAAAAAGCAAUGGAGUGGACCAAGCAAGAGGUUGGCGAUAAGGGACUUUGGGGUCUUGUGAACAAUGCUGGACGUUCAUUACCCAUGGGUCCAUCAGAGUGGAUGAAAGUGGAGGAUUUCCACAGCACACUGAAAGUAAACAUGAAUGGAGUGAUUGCCAUGACAAUGACCUUCCUGCCCCUCAUCAAACAGGCUCGUGGCCGUAUUGUAAAUGUAGCAUCAGUGCUUGGUAGGGUGGCAGCAAAUGGUGGUGGAUACUGCAUUUCCAAGUUUGCAGUAGAAUCUUUCUCUGACUGCCUCAGGAGAGACAUCCACUACUUUGGAAUUAAGGUGUGUAUCGUUGAGCCCGGGUUUUUCAAGACUGCAGUAACAAGCCUUGAACCCAUUGAGAGGGAGCUCCAUCGCCUGUGGAACCAACUCAGCCCUGAAGUAAAGGCCAGCUAUGGAGACAAAUACCUUGAUAAAUAUAUCAAGACACAGCGUUUGAUCAUGAAUGCCGUCUGCGACUCUGACCUCACUAAAGUGACCAACUGCAUGGAGCACGCUCUCUCUGCUGCCUACCCUCGCACCAGAUACAGUGCUGGCUGGGAUGCCAAGCUUGUCUGGAUCCCCCUCUCUUACAUGCCUUCCUUUGUAGUUGAUAUUGCACUGAAGCUCGUGCUUCCACGUCCUUCAAAGAGCGUCUGAUUUGGGAUGACCUACUUUAUGUAAUUUUGACGCAAUAAGGAGGCUGACAUUAAAAAGUUUUUUUUUUCUUUUAAAAAUUAUCAAUUUUUCUUAUCAGAGUUGGCCAUGUGAUGAUAACAUGAUAACUUUAGAAAUUACUGUUAUUAUAUUUAUAAGUGUAUACCAUAGAAAAGUUUUUUUCCCCCUCUGUAAUGUCUGUUUGACACUUCCAGACAACAUAAAAAAUAUUCAUACAGUUUACUGUAUACGUACUAUUCUGUAUGUUGGGUGUUUUGACGCUAUUGUUUAUGGUGUUUGUUAUGGAUGUUGUUCACCAUGGAAGCCUGAAUCAAGAGCAUUUUAAUAUUAAGAAACUGUGUUUGUCAGAAUGCAAGGACGGGCAUGCUGCCGAAAGGGGAGUGAGA